CAAGUGACAGUGGUCUAUAAAUGUGUGCAUUUUCGCAGGUUCGGUGAAUGUAAAUGGGUGAGUCUCUGAAUUUGACUAGUCACGUUUAAAGAUACUAAUAAUAUUAGAUUAUGAUAACUUGGUUUAAAAUUAGAAAGGUUGAUGAAAAGACACUAAAUCCGGGAUAUGUUUAUCAAAAUGCAUAUGGUAUGUCUUCUUCUUUGGCUUUUUCUUUAUUUCCGAAGAUUGGAAAAGUCAGUAAACAAGGAGGGGCAUAAUAGUAGUUUAUUACAGUAAUCAGCGGCAGUAACACAACAGCCGCGUUUGACAUUUUCUGAAGGAAUCAUUCGUCCGUCGUCGACCCAUCUUCUUCUCUCCAAUGGAGUCUCCUCUUCUUCUUCUUCUUUUCUCUUUCUUAUUAUUUCCGAUCCAGUCAAUUUCUCGGCUUCCGUAAAACCCAGUUGACAAGAAAAAUAAAAAAGCUUUAUCCUUUUUACCCUAAUUCCUCAAAGUUUAGUCCUUUCUCUUUCGGGUUUCUGAAUCUCGAUUCGCCAUUUGAUCUGAUAUCGACGAUGGCAGACAUCGUCAAGCAAAUCCUAGCGAAGCCGAUUCAACUGUCUGACCAGGUGGUCAAAGCCGCCGAUGAGGCUAGUUCCUUCAAGCAAGAGUGCGGCGAACUCAAGGCUAAGACCGAGAAGCUCGCCGGUCUUCUCCGUCAGGCUGCCCGCGCCAGCAACGACCUUUACGAGCGACCCACUCGCCGUAUCAUCGACGACACGGAGCAGAUGCUUGAGAAGGCUCUCUCCCUUGUCUUAAAGUGCCGAGCCAAUGGCCUCAUGAAGCGAGUUUUCACCAUCAUCCCCGCCGCCGCGUUCCGGAAGAUGUCUGGUCAGUUGGAGAACUCUAUCGGAGACGUUUCCUGGCUCCUCCGUGUCUCCGCUCCGGCGGAAGACCGUGGUGACGCUGGCUACCUUGGUCUUCCACCAAUCGCCGCCAACGAACCCAUCCUUUGCCUGAUCUGGGAGCAGAUUGCCAUUCUCUACACCGGAUCGCUUGAAGACCGCUCUGAUGCCGCCGCCUCGCUGGUAUCUCUGGCCCGUGACAACGAUCGCUACACGAAGCUUAUCAUAGAGGAAGGAGGUGUGGUGCCUCUCCUUAAACUGCUCAAGGAAGGGAAGCCCGAGGGGCAAGAGAACGCAGCGCGUGCGUUAGGGUUACUGGGACGUGAUCCUGAGAGCGUGGAGCACAUGAUUCACGGCGGCGCUUGUUCCGUCUUCGGCAAAGUCCUCAAAGAAGGGCCUAUGAAAGUCCAGGCGGUGGUUGCGUGGGCUACGUCGGAGCUUGUGUCCAAUCACCCCAAGUGCCAAGACGUCUUCGCUCAGCACAACGCCAUUCGGCUACUCGUUGGCCACUUGGCCUUCGAAACCGUGCAAGAGCACAGCAAAUACGCCAUUGCCACCAACAACAAAGCUACUUCCAUUCACCACGCCGUCGCUCUCGCCAAGGAAAAUCCUAAUUCCACCUCCGCCACCGCCUUGCCCAAGGGUCUUGAUGAGGAUCAGAGCUCUAUUCCUCAUCCUACAGGGAAGCAAAUGCCCAAUCAGAUGCACAAUGUGGUCGUCAACACCAUGGCGGUUAGGGCAAACCCUCCGAGGAAGUCGACUAGCAACGGUGUGAGCCAGAGUAAUGGUGUGAAGCAACCUAGCAGUGUACAGCAGCACCAGAAUUCGACUUCGAGCGCAUCCAAGACUCGAGAGCUGGAAGACUCAGCCACCAAGUGUCAGAUUAAGGCGAUGGCCGCGAGAGCGCUGUGGAAGCUGGCGAAAGGCAAUUCCACCAUCUGCAAAAGCAUCACAGAGUCCAGAGCUCUUCUCUGCUUCGCUGUUCUGAUUGAGAAGGGCGACGAGGAGGUCAGAUACAACUCAGCUAUGGCGUUGAUGGAGAUCACCGCCGUUGCAGAGCAGGACGCUGACCUGAGACGUUCCGCGUUCAAGCCCAAUUCCCCGGCCUGCAAGGCUGUGGUUGAUCAAGUGCUUAGAAUCAUUGAGAUAGCGGAUUCUGAGCUACUCAUCCCCUGCAUCAGAACCAUUGGGAACCUUGCUAGAACGUUCAGAGCAACCGAGACACGGAUGAUCGGGCCUCUGGUGAAGCUUCUGGACGAACGAGAGCCCGAAGUGACAGGGGAAGCUGCGGCUGCCCUCACGAAGUUCGCCUGCACGGCGAAUUACUUGCACAAAGAUCACUCGAGGGGCAUUAUAGAAGCUGGAGGGGGCAAACAUCUGGUUCAGUUGGCCUACUUUGGAGAGGGUGGCGUACAGAUUCCGGCAUUAGAGCUCCUCUGUUACAUAGCACUCAAUGUCCCAGACAGCGAACAGCUGGCCAAGGACGAGGUUCUGGCAGUGUUGGAAUGGGCUUCGAAGCAGUCAUGGGUAACGCAGCUGGAGAGCUUAGAAGCUUUGUUGCAGGAGGCAAAGAGAGGACUGGACCUUUACCAGCAAAGAGGAUCAAGGGGUUACAAUUUCAAUUGAUUCAUUAUUUCGAUUUUGAUUUCGUGACCAGCGAACGCAGAAUACCUUGUUGUGUAAUACUUUACCCGUGUAAAUCAAAAACAAAAAGGCUUUUGAGCUUUUUGUAGUUGAAUUUCUCUGGCUGAUCUUUUCUGUACAGAUUCAUAUAUCUGCAGAGACGAUAUCAUUGAUUAUUUGAGCUUCUUUUGAACUAUUUCGUGUAAUUUGGGAUGAGAGCUCUAUGUAUGUGUGUAAACUUUGAAGACAACAAGAAAGGUAACAAGUGAGGGAGGGAUGACUCCAUGUCAAAAUAGAUGUCAUAAGAGGCCCAUCAAUAAGUGCUUGAGCCCAUUAGCUAGCCCAGUAACUACCAGAUUGUGAGAUGGAUGUGUG